UUAUAUUCAAUGGUCAUCAAUCAUAUCCCAACUUCUAUCUAUGUCCUGUUCCUAAUUCCAAAGAAGAGGUAGUAGUUGUUAACAAUUAUUUGAUACAUUACAUUACAAGGUUUUUGUUUUAGUAUGAGUAGUAGUGCUAAGAAGACAACAUGGAAAUCUAUGAUGUUGAUCCUAAGUUGUUGCAACUGCAAGAGUGAAUGCAAUUUGGAAAUGGAGGAAGAAGAAGAAUCAGAGAAGAAAAAAUUGAAACAAGGUUCAUUCCAGAGGCUAUGUUUAUCAGAUGUAAGCAAUUCAAGUUCAUCACAAGCAAUUGAAGAUCUUUCAGUGUCACUAGCAGGAUCAAAGCUUUAUGCAUUCACACUUGAGGAGUUAAGAGAAGCAACAAACAAUUUCUCAUGGAGUAACAUGCUUGGUGAAGGUGGUUUUGGUCCUGUUUACAAAGGCUUCUUUGAUGAUAAACUUAGGCAUGAUUUGAAGCCUCAAACUGUUGCUGUUAAAAGAUUGGACUUAGAAGGCUUGCAAGGUCAUAGGGAGUGGCUGGCAGAGAUUAUAUUUCUGGGGCAGUUAAGACAUCCACAUCUUGUUAAGUUAAUUGGUUAUUGUUAUGAGGAUGAAAACAGGCUUUUGGUGUAUGAAUACAUGCCAAGAGGAAGCUUGGAGAAUCAACUCUUCAGAAGGUACUCUGCUGCCAUGCCAUGGUCAACAAGGAUGAAAAUUGCAUUAGGAGCAGCAAAGGGAUUGGCCUUCCUUCAUGGAGCAGAUAAACCUGUAAUAUAUAGGGAUUUCAAAGCUUCAAAUAUCUUACUAGACUCAGAUUUUACGGCGAAACUGUCGGAUUUCGGUCUGGCUAAGGAUGGACCUGAAGGGGAAGAGACACAUGUAACAACAAGAAUCAUGGGAACACAUGGCUAUGCUGCUCCCGAAUACAUCAUGACAGGUCACCUUACAACCAAGAGUGAUGUGUAUAGCUAUGGAGUUGUUCUAUUGGAACUAAUAACAGGAAAAAGGGUGGUGGACAAGUCCCUCACAAACAGAGGAAAAAGCUUGGUGGGGUGGGCAAGGCCUAUGUUAAGAGACUCAAAGAAAUUGAAGCAAAUCAUAGAUAAAAAAUUGGAAGGUCAAUUCCCCAUGAAAGGUGCCAUGAAGGUUGCUUCUUUGGCUUAUAGAUGCCUAUGUCACCAUCCAAAUCCAAGGCCUACUAUGAGUGAUGUUGUCAAGACAUUGGAGCCACUCCAAGACUUUGAUGAUAUUUUCUUGCGGCCAUUUGUGUAUGUUGCCACUAAUCAAAAUGGUAACAUAGAUACAAGGUAG